AUGGCGGCGGCGGCGGCGGCGCUGGUUACGCUCGCGUGCGUCUGCUCGCUCGUCCUCUCCGUGCACGGCGAGGCCCCGUACAAGUUCUUCGACUGGAAUGUCAGCUAUGGCGACAUCAACCCGCUCGGAGUUCCGCAGCAGGGAAUUCUCAUCAACGGGCAGUUUCCGGGGCCGGAGAUCGACUGUGAGACGAACGCCAAUCUGAUCAUCAACGUGCACAACAGCUUGCCGGAGCCAUUCCUACUUUCAUGGAAUGGGAUCCAGCAAAGAAAGAACUCGUGGCAGGAUGGCGUGUCCGGCACCAAUUGCCCCAUCCCUCCUGGCCAGAACUACACUUACCGUAUGCAGGCGAAGGAUCAGAUUGGCAGCUUCUUCUACUACCCCUCACUCGCCUUCCACAAGGCUGCCGGUGGCUUCGGCGCCAUCCGCAUCAACAGCCGCCCCCGCGUCCCGGUCCCGUUUCCCCCGCCGGCCGACGAGUAUACCGUGCUCAUCGGUGAUUGGUACAACGCCACCCACAAGGCUCUGCAAACCACGAUGGACAACGGAACGCAGCUGCCUUUCCCGGACGCCAUCCUGAUCAAUGGCAAGGGGCCGCACGGCGGCGCAAACUUCACCGUCCAGCAAGGGAACACGUACAGGCUGCGCAUCUCCAAUGUGGGCAUUCAGAACACUCUGAACUUCAUGAUCCAAGACCACAACGUGACGCUCGUGGAGGUGGAGGGCACACACACGGUGCAGAACACCUACACCUCCCUCGACGUCCAUGUCGGGCAGUCGCUGUCCGUGCUCGUCUCCGCCGACCGCCUGCCCAGGGACUACCACAUCGUCGUCUCCACCCGCUUCACCAACCAAACCCUCAACUCCACCGCCGUGCUGCACUACGCCGGCUCGAGCUUCCCCGCUUGGGGGCGGCCACCUGUUGUGAACACCAGCGACGUUGAUUUUUCGCUUGAGCAGGCUCGCUCCAUCAGGACGAACCUAACGGCGAGCGGGCCAAGGCCAAACCCACAGGGGUCGUACCACUACGGGUCCAUCAAUGUGACCCGCACCAUCAGGCUGGCCAACUCGGCUGGGCAGGUCGACGGUAAGCUGAGGUAUGGCGUGAAUGGCGUGUCAUACGUGGAUUCUGACACGCCCCUCAAGUUGGCUGACUACUACAACCUCACCGGCGUGUUCAAGAUGGGCGGUAUCGCAGAUGAGCCCGCGACAACCAACGGGACAGGUCCGAAUGAGACCAACACCGGCACGGAGUUGCAGAAUGUGACGGCCGUCAUGGACUCCGACCACCGCUCCUUCGUCGAAGUGGUGUUCGAGAACAAUGAGGACACCGUCCAGAGCUGGCACCUCGAUGGGUAUAGCGUCUUCGUAGUCGGGAUGGAAAAAGGAGUGUGGAGCGAGCAGAGCAGGACAACCUACAAUCUUGUGGAUGCAGUUGCGCGCUGCACGGUGCAAGUGUAUCCUAGAGCAUGGACAGCCAUCUUCAUCGCACUGGACAACGUGGGCAUGUGGAACCUGAGAUCAGAGGAUUGGACAAGGAGGUACCUAGGCCAACAGUUCUACCUCCGGGUGUACACGCCAACACAUUCCUUCCGUGAUGAGCUCCCCAUCCCGGACAAUGCUCUCCUUUGUGGCCAGGCAACCAACACCAGCGGCCUCCCCUUCUCUCUAUACUAA